AGUUUUAUCUACUGUAAUCAGAAGUAGAUUUAUGAAGUACUGCAAAUUUUAGCCUUUUGGUGAAACCACAGUUAGCAAGUUCUGCUGUGGAUGCUACCAGUGACAGCAUUUGGCUGUGCUGCUUGAGACUAACAGACUAACCACAGGAAAGGCAAUCCGGAUUUGACUAAAGGGCAUUCUCAGUUGUCUGAAGAUGACGUACUAAGAAGUAAAACCAGAAGUUUACAAAGAAGAUAAGUUUUCUUGAAUGUAAGUGCCCGAAGAGUGAACAGGAGUGUUGUUCCUCAUCUUCAGCUACAAUGUCAUCUUCUUUCUGCAUGAACUGCAUUUUUCUGAUCCUGUUUACAGGUCCCUCAGUAUCGGAAUUACUUGUGAAAGGAAAGGUUGGUCAGAAUAUCACUGUGCCCUGCUUUUACAGUGUUAAAAGGACACAAGACAUCACAUCAAUGUGCUGGGGUCGUGACAGAUGUCCUGUUUCAAAAUGUUCUCGGACCAUUAUCUGGACAGAUGGGUGGAAGGUGACAGAGCAGCACAGCAGCAGGUAUUUGUUGAAGGGGAACCUGCAAGCGGGUGACGUGUCCCUCACCAUCGUGAAUGCCGAGGAAGCAGACAGUGGGAUGUACUGCUGCCGUGUGGAGAUCGCAGGGCUGUUCAAUGACGAGACAAGUAAUCACAAGGUUGUGAUAGAGAAAGCUAGGAUCUCUACUGCAAGUCCUCACACUUACCCCUCUGAACAGACCUCAGCUCCUGGGAGCACCAGAAUAUCAUCCUUUCCCAUCACAAGAACGUGGUCAUCAGAUUCUGCUUCAGAAGCUCCUCAGACUGCCUCUAGUCCCUGUGCAAGCACCUCAAACUGCUCGGACGUAACCUUGAAACUGCAGAAUGAGUCAGUCUCACUUCCCAGUAAGCACUAUUCAGAAAAUGGGCUAUACAUUGGGAUUGGUUCUUGUGCGGCACUUCUAGUCAUUCUUAUUUUGGCUCUGUUCCUCACUAGACAAUAUUUAUACAAUACGAAGAAGACAGGUGACUUUUCAAACUUCAUUGCAUUUUGGAGGUCAGAAGGUGCAGGGAACCACAGUGCCCUGGAAGAUGAGAUCCAUGCAGAGGAAAACAUUUACAUAAUACACUAAGGACUGUAUGCGUUCUUGUCUUUGUCAUCGCUGGGACAUUAAAUAGUUCACAAACUGUUAGCUGCUCCCUCUGCUCAGCAGCUAAACAUGCCUGAACUACUGAAGCAUUAUUCAUAACAUUCUAACAAAACAAAUAAAAACUGCACUUCUAAUUGAAAA